CCUCAGUGUCUAAAUCUAUACAAAAUGCAGUUUUUACUCUGCAAGAAUCUUUUGAAAAAUCACUAUCCAAUGUGAUGGCUCGCUCUGGCACUACUAUUACAGGGGUGUUACCUCCUAUAACCCCAUCGGAUCAAUAUUGGUCCCCUGCCGAAUCUGUGUCUCGUUUGGCAAAAGGUCUUAGAGGUCCUGGUAAAGCAAAAUCAAAAAAGCGCCAUAUCCUAGGCAAGGUGCCAUACACCUCCAAAAGUGUGAAAGACACAUCAGAAACUUACCAUGAGACCGAUAUCACCCAACAUAUGGGUUCUAAACCAGACCUACCUUCUAGUGGUUCUAAGAAACCUAUUUCCUCACCCUCUGCCCAAGAGGAAGUCCAACCUAUCAGGGCCACGACUUCCACUUUUAGAGCGAAGCCAGACUCCUACCGAGUUGUCUCAUCCGAAGAAUCUGAGGAUUCUGACAUACAUGAAGUGGAUGAAAUUUUAUAUGUCUCGGCGGAAAGUGAGUCAGAUCAUGAUGACCCUGCUAUGCAGGAAGACACUACAGUGAACCUACCUGGGGAUGCAUAUUUUGACCCCACUCUGAUAUGCCAUCCACGGUCUGGUGAGUGGCUUCCCAAUCAAAGGAUUGCGGAAUUUUUAGCUCUUCGAGCUAAUAAAUCUUUGGACCGUCCAUCCCGUAGCAAGCUAAAGGCGGAAUGCCCUCGUCCCUCUCUGCCUAAUAACGCUUCUGCUACUCCGGAAUUGGACCCUCUUCUAGCCAAAUUCCUGUUUAAAACGGGUAAAAAUCCGAAGAAAGGAGUGGACCGUAGUUUUAAGUCCUGUCAGGACAAAUUGAUGGACCUUCUUGGCCCACUCUCAAAAAUUUUGGAUAUGGCUGAUGAAGCGUCCAAUUCUAAUACUACUGUUGAUACUGAGACCCUUAAAGGUUGGAUUCAACGUGCCAUUUGUAUAUUCGGCAACGCUAACUCUGCGCUCUCCACUGAGAGAAAGAGAUCGAUACUCAUGAAAAUUGACCCACAACUUACCAACCUAGCCACUGCCGAACCGGUCAACCCCACAAACGGCAUGCUUUUUGGAGAUGAUUUCAUAAGAGAGCUUAACAAAUAUGUUGGGCUUUUUUCGUCUCUUAAUAAAGCUCAAGUAUCAAUGAAAAAAGUAUUCUCUAGUAGAAUUUUUGGGAGGGCCGGAAAAGGCCGGGGCCGAUUUUCCGGCCGGUCAUCCCACUAUAGAACUUAUAGAGGCCCCUACUCUCAACCACCCACACAAUUCACUGCCCCACCUACCACUCCCUCCCCAUUUUUCCCUUACAGGUCCAGACCUUGGCGUUCCAGAGGCCAAAGAGGUUAUCCCCGCUCAAGACCUCCCACAGUUCAACAAUGAGUGCUUCAUCUUCUCCUGUUACAACAUUUGUCAUCAAUGGAGUUCCUUAUUGCAUUCCGCUUGGUUUUCCUGUUCUACGAUUACCUGUUGAUGAUUGUUCCUGUUUUUUCUGACAUCUACUUCGCAAAGAAGAAGGAAGUUUACUAUAUGGCAGUUAUUGAUAUCACCUAUACUAUGUCCUGAUUGGAUGAUGCCUUGAUCAGCACUCUAGGUUGCAUCCUAGAUCUCAUACGUUUAUUUACACUUUAUAUAUAUAAAAAAUUUCUUUAAUUCAUCUACUACUUAUAUGCUGCUGAGUUUUAGUAAAGA